AUGGCUUCUGUCGACGAUUUACUGAUUGAGCAACGCGCAACCAUCGAUCAAUGUCGGAGAAUUCUGCCGAAUUAUCGAAAGCUGGGCAAAGAGAAAUUCUCGGCCAGCAAGACUCGCACGCGCAUUCAGAAUCUACAAACGUCAUGGAACGCGUGCAGAUCGCUAGAUGUGCAACUCCGCCAAGAAGCAAGCGACUCUCAACGCAAACACGCUUAUUUCCUCGACGAGGAAUUUCUCAACGCGGAAGCAGAUUACGAGGAUGCCUUGGAUCAGCUCACAGACAUCCUGGAUCAACAGGAGAAGAAGGUUCAGCCGAACUUGACUCCCGGGGGAACAUUCUACGAUGCUGGGCGAGAUACAAGGACCAUCCACUCCUUUCUCGAGGACAAUGCCGCGCUUAUGAUCGAGCAUGUACCUGUUUCCGACGCAAAUUAUGAAGGUGCUUGGGCACUACUCGCAGACGAGUAUGAUAAUCCGAGUGCGUUAAUUUUGGUGCACAUUCACGCUUUUGCUAAUCUACCCGCGAUGAAAACCGAGCAAAAAGCCGAACUCAAACGAUUGCGCGAUACAGUUAAUUCAUCACUAGCUGCCUUGCGAAAUUUGCAUCGUCCGUGUCCUGACUGUUCGGGAAAUCACAAUCUCGCUUUCUGCCCAGUAUGGCCCAAGAAACCGAUAGAUAAUCGCUUCGCGCUCGCGAGGCACAGACAUCUCUGUUUUAACUGUCUGAAACCCGGUCACGUUCCGAAACAAUGCCCUAGCGUAAAUCGUUGUAAAAGAUGUCAGAGGCCGCAUCAUUCGACGCUGCAUCGGAUGUCGACCGGCAGCUCUGACACUGUCGGUACUACGCCUAAUAAUCAAACUGUCGACGGUUUGAGUAACGCAGCGAGCGUCAAUCUGCUUUCGUCGAAAUCGUCUCCGUAUCGCGCGCCAGCAGGUACCGUAUCAGAGCGUAAGGAAGUAUCCGUUAAACGAGCGCCAAGUCAAACAAAGCCGACACCCUUCGCUCCCGUGUUGCUCGCUACCGCUUGGGGAUUAGCGCUCGCAGAUCCCGAUCCCUCCAGCAAGAAGUCAAUUAACGUUUUGAUCGGAGCUGAUCUAUACGAUCAACUAUUAAUCGGGCCCAUUAAAAAGAGGCCGCUCGGGUCACCCACAGCCCAACUUACCACGUUGGGGUGGAUUAUAUCGGGUCCUACCGACGACCCUCGCGAACCGCGAGCAGAACGCACAUCCGCGAUUCACUAUGCGAUCGCGCAAAAUACGGAUGCAUUGAUUCGCAAAUUCUGGGAAAUUGAGGAAGUCCCCACGCAAAGAUUCCUCACUCAGGAUGAGGAAGAGUGCGAACGCCACUUCGUGGAGACCCAUACACGCGACACUACAGGGCGUUACAUUGUACGCUUACCGCUUCGUCACAGAUCGCCUCUCGAGAUUGGUGACAGUCACCAAAUCGCGCUGUCUUGGUAUGCUCAGCAGGAACAACGUUUAAAAAGAAAACCGGAACUCGCGCGCGCCUAUUCCGAGUUUUUAAACAAAUAUGAGUCUCUGAAGCAUAUGGAAAGAGUUAACAGUAGUCAAACGAUAAAAUCACCGAUAUACAUACCGCAUCAUCCAGUAGUUAAGGAAAAUAGCACAACUACCCGCGUGCGUGUAGUUUUUAACGCGUCGAGCGCGACGUCAAAUGGUACGUCGCUGAACGACCAUUUGUUAGUCGGUCCGAAGUUGCAGCGCGAGAUAGGCUAUGUUCUCUCAAACUGGCGUCGACAUUGCGUAGUCUACAUGGCGGAUAUCGAGAAAAUGUUCCGUCAAAUUCUAGUGCAUCGAAUAGACAACGAUUAUCAGCGAAUCGUUUGGCGACCGAAACCGGAUGGCCCAAUAGUCAGCUAUCGUCUUUUCACCGUUACAUACGGUACGACAUGCGCACCUUAUCUCGCAAAUCGCGUGCUUUUACAAUUAGCCGAGGAUGAAGGCAAUUCACUUCCCGACGCCGCCGACAUAAUACGCUACGCGACAUACGUCGAUGAUGUCUUAUUCGGCGCGGACACUCACGAUAAGGUGCGUAAUAUCCGUGCUCAACUCGUCACACUACUAAAACGCGGCGGGUUCACGUUACGCAAGUGGGCGGCGAACGAUGCUGCCCUCUUAUCUGACAUCCCCGCAGUCGGCCACGAUCUCGCGAUCGAUCUAUCUAAAGAGGACUCAGCGGUAUUAAAGGUGCUUGGAAUCGUUUGGAUUCCCAAGGAAGACGCGUUUAGCUUCCAAGUGAACGAAGUACCAAAGGCUCGCAGUACUAAGCGUAACAUCCUCUCGCUAAUCGCUCGAUUAUUUGACCUCCUCGGAUGGGCCUCUCCUGUUGCCAUACAAGCCAAGAUGCUUAUACAGGAUUUGUGGCUUGCAAAAAUUGACUGGGACGAUGAAGUCCCUCCGCAGAUGCUCGAGACUUGGGAGACCUAUUGUCGCGAACUCCCCAAACUCGCAAAUUUAAGAAUUUCGCGCUGGAUUGGCUUCACCCAAUCUCAGAGCGCGAUUGAGCUGCAUGGCUUCGCAGACGCUUCGCUCCGCGCGUACUCCGCAGUCGUCUAUAUGCGCAUCUUAAACUCUCCGACCGACUUUUCGGUAUCGUUGAUAGCGGCGAAAUCUAAAGUCGCUCUACUGAAAACCGUCGCGAUCCCGCGCCUCGAGUUAAACGGCGUCGUAUUAUUAGUACGUCUCCUUGAAUACGUCAAGCAAACAUUCAAUUUUAUUCAGCGACAGUGUACGGCUGGACCAACUCCACCGUCGCACUCGCGUGGCUCACCCAACAUCCGUCGCGUUGGAAGCCUUAUGUCGCUAAUCGAGUUUCCGAGAUCCAAGUAA